GCCGCAUCCAAAGAUCCAAAACUUCACUCCGGUCCGCGGUACGUGUCCUUUCUUUUUCCGCCGGUAAAACCCCAUUCGCACCCAUGAAACUCUCCGUUGUACUGCUCCUGGCGGCCACCGCCGCCGUCUGCUACGCCAGCUCCGAGGGCAAGCUGAAGAUCGGCGUGAAAAAGCGGGUGGAAAACUGCACCGUCCGGACGAAAAAGGGCGACCUGGUGCAUAUGCACUACACGGGUACGUUGGAGGAUGGGACCGAGUUCGACAGUAGCAUCCCGCGGGGGCAGCCGCUCUCGUUUACGCUCGGGAUGGGUCAGGUCAUCAAGGGUUGGGACCAGGGCCUGCUGAACAUGUGCGAGGGUGAGAAGCGGAAGCUGGUGAUUCCGCCGGAGUUGGGUUAUGGGGAGCGUGGUGCCGGGGACAAGAUUCCGCCGAACUCGGUGCUGAUCUUCGAGGUGGAGCUGGUCAAGAUCGAGCGGAAGACGGAGCUGUAGAGGAGUAAGUUGAUAAGUCAAGCCAUUGCUCAGUUCGGAUCGAUUCCGGCGAAUAAAAGCAUUUAUUUCGAAUCUUUCUAAAUUCUAAAAAUAUAAAGUAGGGAAAUCAAGA